GGGACCGUUCUACCGAUAUCGUCUGAUACUCGAGCGUGAGACGGCAAUCACAACCCAUCACGUCGUUCCACGGCCCGCUUGCCCGGAACGUACUGUACCGCCAAGCUCCCUUUCAACGCGGCUCGCCGCAAAGAUCUCAAUUACAUACAAUUCCAACACCAGCACCCUCUUCCCCUCGCGUCGAAUCUCUUCGCGCAAACCCCGACAAAAUUUCCCUCCCAAUGGCCCCGGCAAAAGGAGAAUGGCACAAGUUGCCCCUAGCCCUCAGCGAGCUCUGUCUAUCCUCCGUGCUCCGCUGCGGACAAUCUUUCAGGUAAUUUUACUACCCGUAGGCAACUACCCGCUACAAUCCAGAGGGAACGGAAGAAAAGAAAGAAAGAAAGAAAGGAGAUUAACAGAUGGGUCGAUAGAUGGAAAUCUUCCAAUCCCGGCGAAUGGUUAAUUUUUUCCCCGUGUGACACAAUUUCACUUUGUCCGGGUGUUGAUUUGUUUCUAGGACUUGCGCGCUAAAGGGCCGAAUCCUGACACUUCGACAAGACGACUCGCAUUUGCAUUACCGUGCUGUAUUCCCUGUGACCGCUGCGGCUCCUUGGAAGGAUGAUACGGUAGAGCUCAUCCGCGACUACUUCAACCUAGACAUCAACCUCACAAAACUUUACGAGAGGUGGAGCGCCGCGGACGCGCACUUCCUUAAGAAGGCGGUGCGCUUCGCGGGCAUACGCAUGCUGCGACAGGAUCCAUGGGAGAACUUGGUGAGCUUUAUUUGCUCGUCCAACAACAAUAUCUCGAGGAUCUCGCAGAUGGUAGUGGCCCUUGCCUCAACACUUUAUCUAUCCGUGUUUUCGGCGGCUGACCGGUGAUGGAUGCGAUAGGUGGAUAAACUGUGCACGAAUUUCGGCCCCAAACUGGGCGAAGCUGAUGGACACACCUAUCAUGACUUCCCGUCGCCGGGGGCAUUAAUGGGCGACGGGACGGAGCAGAGGUUGAGGGAAUUGGGAUUUGGCUAUCGGGCAAAGUAUAUAUCUACCACUGCGAGGAUCGUGGCUCAAGAGCGGCUGGCGGGAUGGUUGGAUGGGCUGAGGAAGGUUGAUUAUAAGGAUGCACAUGAGGCCUUACUCGAACUCUCCGGUGUGGGACCGAAGGUUGCGGAUUGCGUUUGCCUAAUGAGUUUGGAUAAGGCUGAGGCUGUACCUGUUGAUACUCAUGGUUUGUCUAUCGCUCCGUCUACCCUCCGUGCGCUCGAGUUGGCCCAAAGAUGAUUGAAGAUGUGUUAGUCUGGCAGAUCGCGCAGAGGGAUUACGGCUUUGGUCGUGGCAAACAUAAGAGCCUGACUAAAGCUACUUACAAAGCUAUCGGUGACCACUUCCGCAAGUUAUGGGGACAGGAAGCUGGCUGGGCGCAUUCGGUUAGUGACAUAUUUGGCUUACACGUGGAAAGAUGCAAAGCCCGACGUGGCGGAAGGCUGAUCAUGGGGGCAAUUAUAUUAAUAGGUACUUUUCACCGCGGAUUUGAAGGCCUUUGCAGAUGUCAAAUUAGAGGGGGUGAAGACUGAGGAGGUUCAAGUCGAGAAAACCACUACCAAGAGGAUAACAGCCAGGAAGGUGAAGAUGGAAAACAACAAGGAGGGACCCGAAGAGGGAGGAGAAGUGGUAAAGCUCGACCCGGCAUCGGUGGACGACGACAAGGGAAAUGGCGUUGAGGGGGAAACAGUGGUCGAGCAGAAGGUGGUUAGAAAGGUAAAGAGAAGUCUAAAGUUGGAGGUGAGGGAGGGGGAGGACGCGAACGUGUCGCUGGAGCUGCAAGACGUGACCACCCUCGCUGAUAGGGUGAAGCGACGGCGGAGGUGUUAGAUGGUCAAGGUGCCGGUGAGGUGUGGGCUGAUGGUGGGCAGGUACAAGCAGAUGUGGGACGGGCAGAUUCUCCUAAUUUAGGAACCAGCCAAUGCUCUUUUUUUCUUCUCUUUCUCUUCUUCGCAAUAGAGGGUGGUUCCAGUUGGAGGAAUUCAUCCGGUGGGCCAAUGGAUGGGAGUGGGAUGUAUCCCGUAUAUUACCGCUGUGAGAGGGAUGUGCCCGCGGGAAUGCUAUCCUGGAAAAAUACAGUCCCACGCACCGUAAUUAGCACACGAAAAUUUGCACUACGGAUAUCAAUCAGCACGCCGGUAUUUAUCUUGG